CUGUUUUCCUGCCCAUGUGCUAUCCCCACUCCCUGGCUCAAUGGUGAUAGACUGCUGUGCUGCCCCGGGCAACAAAACUACACACCUGGCAGCCAUACUAAACAACAAAGGAUCGGUGAGGCACGGGCCCUUUACAACCUUGGCAACGUGUAUCAUGCAAAGGGGAAGCACACCGGGCGAUCAGGGAACCAGGACCCCGGGGAAUUCCCUGCAGAGGUCAAGGAGUGUCUGGUCAAAGCUGCUGAAUACUAUGAGGCCAAUCUAGCAAUAGUCCAGGAGCUGGGUGACAGGGCAGCUCAAGGUCGCGCCUGUGGUAACCUUGGCAACACUCACUAUCUCCUGGGAAACUUCAGUCAGGCAAUCAUCUACCAUCAGGAGAGGUUAGCAAUAGCCCGUGAGUUUGGUGACAAGGCUGCCGAGAGACGGGCCUACAGUAACCUAGGCAACGCCCACAUAUUCCUGGGAGAGUUUGAAGUAGCUGCUGAACACUAUAGGAAAACUUUACAAAUUGCCAAACAGCUGGGUGACAAGGCGCUGGAGGCCCAGGCAUGUUACAGCCUCGGGAACACAUACACGCUCCUGAAGGACUACGAGCGGGCGAUAGAGUUCCACAUGAAGCACCUCAAGAUCGCCCAGGAGCUUGAAGACCGGGUCGGGGAGGGUCGGGCGUGUUGGAGCCUCGGGAACGCCCACACGGCCCUCGGGCAUAACGAGGAGGCUCUCCAGUAUGCCAGCAAGCAUCUCGAGAUCUCUAAAGAGAUUGGAGAUGAGACAGGUCAGGUGACUGCCCAGAUGAACCUUGCUGACCUUAAGUCAGUGCUGGGCAUCAAAGUGGGGCCAGACGAAGGUCACAGGCCCAGCCCCUUGGACCAUCUGGAUGUUGGAAUGUACCGACGUACCGGCGUCUCCCGGCGACACAGCAUGGAACAGAUGGAGUUGAUGAAGCUCACGCCGGACAAGAAAGGAGAGACAAUCCCAGUACAUGGCGGGGCAAGACCUAAGAUACCCAAGGUGCAGAAAUCCAUGACAGUGGCAACAUCAGAGACAAUCAUAGCCAAGAAUCAGGCCCCUAUGGUUGAGACACUGUCCCCAGAAGAUGAUGGUUUCUUUGAUCUGCUGAGCAAGUUCCAAGGUCGCCGUAUCGACGAGCAGCGGUGCAGCCUCAAGUUGCCUGGGGAGAAAAAUGGACUCCUGGAGUCAGAAAACAAGGAGAACAAACCCAAACUGGUGUCCACCCCAGACAGCGAGAACUUCCUUGACAUGGUGGCAGGCAUUCAGGGGUCACGCAUGAACGACCAGCGAGCCUCACUACCGCAGUUUCCCGGUCUCAACUCCCAGGCAGUUAUUAACCAAUACCUCCGCGAGAGAAACGUUAACGACGUACCAGACGACAGCUUCUUUGAAAUGCUCAUGCGUUGUCAGGGAUCCCGGAUUGAUGAUCAGCGUAGUGCCCUACCACACAACCGCCCCGCCCCAACCGUCCCUGAUGAAGAUUUCUUCGGGCUGAUCCAGAAGGUCCAGUCUAGCCGUCUGGAGGAGCAGAGAACCAGUCUACCCGAUAAGGAUGAAAUAGGCCUCCGUGAAGAAGAAAAAGAAAUAAUGACUAGUCUAGUUUAAGUCCCAUAUGAGCGAGCAAGGAAUCAGGGGAUUAGGCUUUAAACUGGAUCGGCUUAUUAGAUGUUUUUAGAUGAAAUACUUGCGCUGAACCCUUGGAAUAUAAGCUGCGUAUUUAGAUGAGAUAGUCUUGCGCUGAACCCUUGGAAUAUAAACUGCGUAUUUAGAUGAGAUAGUCUUGCGCUGAACUCAUGGAAUAUAAACUGCGUAUUUAGAUGAGAUAGUCUUGCGCUGAACCCUUGGAAUAUAAACUUCUACUGGCUGGAAUUGAGGGUUUUGUGCAAAAUUGUAUCAGAUAUUUAAUAUAUCAGUUAUAAUAAAAGUUUUGUUCUGAAAUUCUGUGAGAUAUUGACUGCUACUGGUCAGAAGUUCUGCAUGGAGAUAUUGAGAUUGGACGAACGGAAUGAAUUGGUCCAUGGGACUCUGACUUGAAAGCCU